GUACACCUAUCACCAUGGUUGAGACCCUCACUGGGAAGGAGACUAAUCCCUACACCCUUGAGCAGCAAGCGAGAUGGCCGCCAUAGUGAAAGAGAAUAGGGCGAGGAAAGAGCGUGAGAAGCAGGUGAAGCUAAAAGCUAUCGCAGACAAGCGGGCGGCGAAGAUGAAGGAAGUAGAGGAGGAGAUGAAGAAGAAGGAGCAGGCUGCUGAAGAAGAAGCGGCAGCAGAAGAGGAAAAAGAAAGGAUGAGGAUUGAAAGCAGAGAAGGGAGCAGUGGCACGAAGAAGGACACGGACGUUGAGAUUGAGAAGAAGAUCAGCGAGUGGGUUACUAACUUAUCGUUGGGGGAAGAUGAAGAGGCGGAGUCAUAUGUGACUGAGGAUGAGAAGGCCGCACUGGCCGCUGAGCUUGCAGCCAUGACGGACCCGAUGGAACGAAGAGAGAGGGAACAUGAGCAGAAGUUACAGUGGAAGCUGAGGAUGAAGCGGGAAAAGAGUAGGAGAAGAGAAGAGGUGAACAAGAUGACCGUAGCAGUGGCAAAGGUGCAGGAGUGUAGAGCGGAGGUAUUGGCCCAGCCAGAUGAUAAGGCCAAGUGGGACAAGGUACUGGGGUACCUAGAGGUAUUAAGCAAGGCCUGGAUGGAGGAGCGUCAGGCAAGUUGGAAACAGGAUGUAGCUUUGAGCGCUAUGCGGUCCGGGUUUAGGGAGUUUGCGCGCGAAAUCGUCACCCACAUUGGGUGCGAAGUGAAACAGUUGAGGGACAACGUAGGCAAGUACUGCGAAGGCGCCAUUGAAGGUGCCAAAGCCAUAGCUGCUGCAGAGGGCGAGGGUAGACCCCGUAAGGAGCCUGUAAAGCUCAAGUUCCCAGACGCGUACGGGGGAAAGGAGGAGAACUUUGACAACUGGGAGACCAGUGUCAACAAUUAUAUUUACUUGCAGUAUAUCCUAACAGAGGAGCAAGUCCUCGUGGCCUUUCAGGCCCUCAAAGAUGAUGCGGCUAGUUUCGCCAGGUCUCUUGCGCGUACAGCCGGUUGUGAAAACAACCUGGUUGCAUAUUCCAAAGUCACCCCUCUUUCCCAAUUCCUCAAGCUCCUCAAGGUGCGUUUCGCUGACCCAACGCGAGGCAUAAGAGCCUCUAACAAACUCCAAACGAUCCACUCACGACAGUGGAGGAGUGCCAAGGCACUCAAGGGUACCAUGGACGACUUGGUAGCCGUCCCGGACCAUGGGGUCAAUGAGCACCAGUUGGUCCAGUUGUUUUAUCAUGCCAUUUCAGAGGCCCUAAGCGGGCAUUUCUUUGACAAAUCUCAGCAGGCCGGCAUGACUUACGAUGCAUUGAGUAGAGAAGUCGUCCUGUAUGAGUCGAAGUCUAUGCCCGUUACCACUUUCUGGCAUAACGACCUGGAGAAGGGGAAGAAGUGGAARGAUCGUACCAUCUCGGGCCAAGUCAAGGCCAAGGAUCACUUGAUCCUGACAUUAGAGGAGGGUGGUACAGAAGAGGUCCCAUAUGAUCAGAUUGAGUGGGGCCUAGGGGAGGAGUACAGUAGUGUAGGGCAGGGGAGGUCUUACGCUGCUGUCGCGGCCGGAGGGAGGCCGCAAGGUAGAGGAGGAGCCAGGGCCAAAAGGGCCAGGCCAUGGGAGGCCGAGGACCGGGUGCACAGGGGGUUGGCGGAUAGGGAAACCGCCAAGCGGGAGGUAGGGGUCAAGGUCCCCCGUUAAAUCGCCAGGGUAAUCGGUCCCCACAGCG